AACAAGGAAAGCAAACAUGAGGAGAAUCUUCUCAGUCCUUCUCUCACGAUCAAAGACCAAAGCGGGCCUCUGAGACUGAAACUCACCCAAAAAUUAGGGUUUUUUGUUGGCGAUCUCGAUCUUUCAUUUCCCUUCGCAAGAUGGAGAAAGUGAGAAAAGCAUCGCAUGCGGGCUCUUGGUACACUGAUAAUCCUACGAAGUUGGCAGAAGACAUUGACAAGUGGCUUAAAGAAACUAACCUGACUAAAUCUCCUGAUGUUCGAGGCGUGAUUGCUCCGCAUGCUGGUUAUUCAUAUUCUGGUCGAGCAGCUGCAUAUGCUUUUGCAAACAUAGACCCGACUAAUAUUUCCCGAAUAUUCCUUCUUGGUCCAUCUCACCACUAUUACACUCCAAAAUGUGCCCUUUCGACUGCUACAGUUUACAAGACCCCCAUAGGAGAUCUACCGGUUGAUUUGGAAGUCAUUAAGGAAAUAAGAGCUACUAGGAAAUUUGAAAUGAUGGAUCUCCACGUUGAUGAGGCUGAGCAUAGUAUGGAAAUGCACCUUCCAUAUCUAGCUAAAGUAUUUGAAGGGCACGAAGUGAAAGUCGUACCAAUCUUGGUCGGUGCAGUGAGUGAAGAAUACGAAGCCAUGUAUGGGAAGUUGUUAGCCAAAUACGUGGAUGAUCCCAAGAAUUUUUUCUCAGUUUCAUCGGACUUUUGCCACUGGGGUUCAAGGUUCAACUACAUGCACUAUGACCAGAAACAUGGCCCCAUACACAAAUCUAUCGAGGCACUAGACAAGAUGGGAAUGGAUAUAAUAGAGACUGGAGACCCGGAUGCCUUCAAGACGUAUCUUCAGGAAUACGACAACACAAUUUGCGGGUGCCAUCCCAUCAGUGUUUUUCUCCACAUGCUAAAGAAUUGCUCAAACAAGAUCAAGAUCAAGUUCCUGAGGUACGAGCAGUCGAGCCAGUGCAAGACAAUGCGAGACAGCAGCGUCAGUUAUGCUUCUGCGGUGGCCAAGUUGGACGCUUGAAAGGGUUUGUAUCUUCUGUAAUAACAAACGAAGGAAAUGCAGAAACUUGCAUCUGUUGUCGGAAACACUCACAAUCAAUGGUAUGUUUCCCCCUUCGGUUUU